AUCACCGCUGCCACAGCACCAAGAGCAAGUGAAACACCUCUGGAUUACUUUCUACACAGACUUCUGAAGCCAACCCAAGAGUACUUCAACACAGAUUUCAGUCACGAUGCAACUGAUACUGCAGUCAAUCUUCUGCUGCUGCCUGCUGGCCACCGUUGCACCCGGUGUGGACAGUGCAAAGCAUGACCUGAAAAGAAGUGUCCGGCUGCAGAGAUCGAAAAGGGAUUUGAGCCUUGCUGCACUGAGGACUUUAGACAACAGCCAGUUUGUCAGACCGGACGAUGUCAAAGACAACUUAAGGCCACAUUCCAGCACUGACAUCAGCAUUAGGACAAAACGCUCCAAGAACUCCAUCAACCAGUCCAGGAGAGCGGGCUGCUCGCUUGGCACCUGCACGGUGCAUGUGCUGGCACACCGUCUCCAUGACCUCAACAACAAGCUGAAGAUCGGGAAUGCACCCGCUGACAAGAUCAAUCCCUUCGGGUACGGCCGGCGGCGAAGGUCCGUUCCAGAGAAAGUAAUGACACUGCGACAGGAGGGCAGCAGGCUGUGGACGGUGUGGAGCAGCUCAAACUCUCAAUCACGGCUGCACAAGCUGGAAGCGCUGCUCAGACGGACGUGAGCGCACGGGGUGGGAGCGCUCGAGGACGCGGCGACAGAGGCUCGCCGGCCAACUAUGAAAUUCUAGAAAUGCCUCAGACUCCUGCCAAGAGUUCUCCAGUGCAUUCUUUUCCAAGCACAGGGGCUGGAAGAGCAAUCUUGCCUUCUGAAGGCUGUCCUCGGAAGAGAAAUCAGCAAAGAGAAGCGCAGAAACAACAGCAGCUGUUGAAAACAAGUGGGGAUGCAGAUGGAGAAACUGAAUAAGUGUGCCUUGGAUAUGAGCAAGAUAUUGUUGCACUGAAGUGGACUGGCCUCAGGGAAAAGCAGAACCACCUCUCCUGGGACAAAUGGACUGCCCUCCUGGUGAACCAGUCGGUGGGAUUACCUAGUUUAGCUGAUCCUGUCCAGUGACUGUGUCAGAAAGUCUUUGGACUUCAAGUCGAUUCAGUGGGGAAAGAUUCAUGAAUCUGGAAAGGAAUACACAGAGACUUUUAAAAUGCCAAUGAAGGUGUUUCUAAUUUGAAAUCACAUUUUUUUGGACACUGUAAGCAGGAUGAAUGCUUUUGAUUAUAUGAACUGUCUGCAAGUCCACAAGGAUUGUAUUCUAACUUACUUGAACAUUGUUGUUGUUAUUAUUUGUAUAGAGAUAUGUGCAAUCUAUUUCAUUUU